AUGACGAGCAAUAUCCAGCUGGAAUCAAUUGGAUAUCAAGUGGUUAUUUUAUAUGUAACGUUGUUGUAUAACUACACUAUUCCUUUCAAAAAUAAACAUUUUAAGCGGCGAUUCUCUUCCCAUCGCAUCCUAUCUGGUUCCAUGGAAUGGACCUGGUCUUUGAAGUAUGAGAUCCGAUGA